CAUACUCUUACGAAGGCACCCGAGAAAAUCAUCUCUCUAGCGAACUUGCGACUUCACUGUCAGAACCACUCUUAUUAAGUCCCGGUGACUGCAGUUCAAGGUCAAUCAUUGAGACGGAACUGUGUCUGCGACCUGCCGGCGAGCCUUCAAUCAUGGCGACCACCAGCUCCAACAGCUACUUGUCCGACCCGGCUGCUGCGCUUCAGAUGGCUCAACGAGCUCCUACCCUCCUCGCAAAAGCAUCUUCGGUCAGCACUAAGUUUCCUGCUUCGAUGUUCAGCUCAGCAGAUUCCUCUGAGCUAUGGAACGACCUCGAGCAACUGCUGUAUGCCUGCCUGCGUACGGGUGAUGACAAGUCGGCAUUCUUGUGCGUGGAAAAGCUGACGGACAGGUUUGGGGCAAACAACGAGCGGGUGAUGGCUCUGAAGGGACUAUACCAGGAAGCAGUGGCAUCGGACAUGGCGGCCGUCAAGAAAAUACUAGAAGACUACAACAAGAUUCUAACGGAGAACCCUAUGAAUGUGCCUAUUCACAAGAGAAGGAUCGCGCUCAUCAGGUCCAUCGGAAGACCUCAAGACGCUAUUGCAGACUUGGUGGAAUUCGUCGAUUCCUUUCCCACGGACAUGGAGGCCUGGUGCGAGCUGAGCGACCUGUAUCAGUCCCAGGGGUGCAGUGCACAAGCCAUCUUUUGUCUGGAGGAGGCCCUCCUUAUUACCCCUAAUGCCUGGAAUCUGCAUGCACGACUGGGUGAAUUAGAAUACAUGACUGGAGUGUCAGCGACGGACUCUGCCGAGGCCCAGAACCACCUGUCACAGGCCGUCAAGCGAUUUAGCCGAAGCAUUGAACUCUGUGAUGACUACCUACGAGGGUUCUAUGGGCUCAAACUGGCGUCAGACAAACUCCUGCAAACCCAUACGACUAGCAAGGCUAACAGCGCCGUGGUCAUCUCUGCGGAAAAACUGCAGAAAUUGAGCCAGCUGGCAACUUCGAGACUUGAAGCCAUCAUUAAAGACCACACUGCACGAAGAUCACCUGGGGUGAAAGAAUCCGAGGUGACAGCAGCCCAGGAGUUGUUGAGCAGAUCCAAGAGUUGAACACCGUCCAGAUUGGAACGCGGACACAGGAUUGGCAGAGGGAUGCUGAGGAGCUGGUUUUCCUUCGAAUGGGACAGCGUCCAAAACGCCACCUGCGUCGUGAUAUCACUUUCAACAUUGGAGGAACGGUCAAGAGCACUAGAGAAAAUCUGCAUAUGGCCGAAGUGCUUCAUGGGAGAAAUCAUGGUUCGUGGGAGAUCAUGCAGAUGCGGGCCAUUACGCUAGCGUGCUGCAAGGAGAAGUAGUUGGGCAGCAGAUGGUCGCAUCCGACGUGGCAGCCUUUCUGAGGGUGCCUUGAUUACCGCGCAACCCAACCCGGGACAAAUGAUAAUGUUGACCAUCAGCCUCUAGGGGUCUGGUUUGCCACGCCGUCUUAUUAUAGGUACCGAGAGCCUCGCCUUACCACGCGCUGCGAACCACGAACCGGCCUUGUCGAGCAGCCCCGAGGAUCUAUCUGCACGAGAUGUUUGAGGUUUUGUCGAGGCCAUCACACCAUGUUAUCGACACCGGCUUAGGGAAUCCGGGUAGCCAGCGGCCGUGAGUCAUGGAGGGAUGGGAAGUUGGCAUUCAAGAUAAUAUAUCCGGGUGGCCUGGAUCUCCGAGAUAUAGAUUCGAGGAUAGCACAAUCGAACAGAGCGAGAAAGACUCGCAUGCAUUGCAGCGAGUCCAAU